AGAUGCAAAGAAACAGAUGCGAACGAAACUUAGGAAAGGAAAUGUUGAGAGCUGGACUAACGGUGAUAUUCUUAUUGAACGGUGGGAAGACAGACGAGAGGUUUGUAUGAUAAAUUCAUUCAUGGGACAUGCAAUGACUGAGAAGCUUUCAACUAAUCCAUUCAACACACGGAAUAAACCUAACACCGUUCUGCUCUACACUUCGAAAAUGGGAGGAGUUGACGACAUGGACAAGGUGACGAAGCCGAACAAGUCCAUUAGGAAGACCAUUAAGUGGUACAAAAAAGUGUUCUUCCAUCUCUGGGACCAUGCGGUGUAUAAUAGUUUCAGAGCGUACAAAAUUAUUCACCCAAAUUCCAAGCGAAGAUACAAGCAAUUUGUGGAGUCACUCGUAAAAGAAAUUCUUCAACAGUUCCCAACUGAUCCGUCUCAUGUCGGACGACCCCUUUUACGCCUCUCCGAAGAGUUAAGACUUCAGGGUUCACACUUUUCGGAACAAACUCUAAAAGGUUCCAGGAAAAUGUGCGUAUUGUGCUGCUGAAUGUGUUCAGAAGACAACAUCGUAUCGUUGUGGAACAUGUGAAAAUUGGCUGUGUGUUACAGGAAAGCUUUCUUGCUUCAAAAAAUAUCACACUGAACGACAUCUUCCAAAGAAAAAUUCACAAGCACGGGCUGAUCCUCUAUUGCCCUCCCUUCCGCCAUACGAAUUAGAUACACCCGAUUUUCUAACGUUGCAUGAUGUUGAUUUGAAUUCGUCUCAAUUUCGCGUUAAUCAAAAUAAUUAGA